AUGGCGAUCGGAACGUCAGAACACCGUAGUGGUGGAUGGCUCAUCGUCUGCUUCGUUCCACCACCACGCCAAAAACACCUGAUCACAAAGUUGCAGGUCACGGACUCGACUUUUCGACAUUCGGCCACCAGGAGCUUUCCAGCCUUACCCGGAACCGGCGUAGUGUCCCCUACCUACCUGUCGCUCACACCAUCAGCCAAGAGUAUCGACGCCCAACCCAGGCUCGGUCUCGCUACCGGUACUGGUACUGGCACUACUAGGUACCAGGUAAGCCGCAACAUCCACCGCAACACCCGACGUGCGCGCGCAACUCACAUCCAACCUCUUGUCACCAUGUGGCGCCGAACAUACCUCUUCCUGGUCUUGGUCCGCCUCUGGUUCGCCUUGUCGCCGAGUUACCUCCACCCUGAUGAGAACUUCCAGGGCCCUGAGGUUAUUGCAGGCCAGAUUUUCAGCUACCCUGUUCGACACACCUGGGAGUUUACGAGCGAGAACCCGAUUCGAAGUGUCGCCCCUCUAUGGCCUGUCUAUGGCCUACCGAUGCUCCUUUUGCGAUGGCUGUGGAUAGGAAAUGGCCAGGAUGGAGAAAUACCACCCAUCGCAGUCUUCUGGACUUUGCGCGUGCUCAUGUUCCUGACGAGCUUCGUGCUCGAGGACUGGGCCAUCCAUGAGCUGAUUCAUUCGCCCCGCCAUCGUCGUAUCGCCGUCCUGCUUGUCGCCUCGUCCUACGUCACCUGGACCUUCCAGACACAUACCUUUUCCAACGCCGUCGAGACGCUUGUUGUGGCUUGGUGCAUGGUCCUCAUCCAGCGCAUCGUCGAGAGUCCGCAACAGGCGUCGCUGCUGGCCUCGACGGUCCUUGGUGUCAUGGCUGUGUUUGGUAUCUUCAACAGAAUUACCUUUCCUGCUUUCUUGCUGAUACCCGGCAUCCGUCUGGUACCCCACUUUUACAACCGACCUUCCUCGUUCCUCGUCAUGGCUUUCGCCGGCCUGGCUACCGCGAGCUUGGCCAUCGGCAUCGACACGGCCUUUUACCUCACCGAACCCAUUACCUGGACGGAUCUCGUCUCCCGACCCGUCAUCACGCCGAUCAACAACCUCCUUUAUAACAUGGCACCGGAGAACCUCGCCCAGCAUGGCCUCCAUCCGUGGUACCAACAUCUUCUCGCUAAUAUCCCGCAGCUGCUAGGCCCGGCCGCCGUGCUGCUCUUCACGCAACCCCAUCUUUCGUUGCGUCUUUACUCGGCCGUCUCUGGCAUCUUUGUCCUCUCCAUCUUCCAGCAUCAGGAGGCCCGCUUCCUCCUACCGACCGUCCCCCUCAUCCUCUCAUCUGUCCAGCUGCCCAAGAACCGCCGCGCGCUCCAACUGUGGGCCGCCGUCUGGGUGGUGUUCAACGUCUUCUUCGGUGUCCUUAUGGGCAUCUACCACCAGGGCGGCAUCGUUCCCGGCCAAGUCUUCAUGAGCAAGCAGCCCGACGCCACAAACGCCAUAUGGUGGAAGACGUACUCCCCGCCAAUAUGGCUGCUGAACGGCAAGAACGAGGUCCUCACGACGCACGACGUUAUGGGCCUUGACGGUGAGAGUCUCCUCAAGCAGCUCGCCGGGCUGGCAACGUGUGACACGCCCGCGGACCGCAGGAAUCGGGAGUACCUCAAGGAGAAGGAAGGAACCUACCUCGUCGCGCCUGCGUCAGCGACGUGGCUCGACUCAUAUCUGCCGAACAAGGGUCUUGAGGGCCUGCGGUUCCGCGAGGUGUGGCGAUACGAUAGGCACCUGAAUCUCGACGAUUUGGACUGGGGUGAGGAUGGUGUCUGGAACACACUCAAGAGGGUCAUUGGCAGGAGAGGUCUCGUCGCGUGGCGCGUCACCAAAAGCUGUGGCGGUGGCGGCACGGGCGAGAGGUAG